UUUACAAAUUGACAACAAUCACGACCGGGAAAAAUCUCCAUCCCUUUCUCCAUAAAUACUUUCUCUCUCACCACUAUUUCCUUCUUUCUCACUCUCUCUCUCUCUCUCUUUCUCACACACACACACACAUUUGAUAUUCGUUUGUGCACUGCACGAGUCAAACGAUCCCAACUUGUGAAGAAAGUAGUCUAAAACAGAGACCCAUGGCCGCUACAACUGAUAGACUCGAUUGAUACGAUGCCGCAAGUUUAUGCGGAGGAGGAGAAAGGAAAGAAGAAGAAAUGGUGGGGCGAUCUGUUUAAACGCAGGGUCCGUAAAGUCUCGGACAGUUCGUCGGACGACGAAGAGGACAGCAAAAAGAAGGGGUUCCUCAGCCGGCGGAAAAAGCACGACCGCGGGAGCAAGGACGUCACCAAUUCGUUUCUGAUAAACCCGGGGAUCAAGGAGAUCAGGGGGCGCAGUUUGGAAAACGUGAGGAACAACACUAGCCAGACGGUCAAAAAGCGGAUAAAAGCCAAGGUCGAGGCGAGCAGGGAGCAGCUGAAAGACAGUAGCUCGGACGAGGGCAGUAGCUACACAUCGUCCAUCCCUUCUGGAGGGUCUUUCCCAAGGAGGUCUAGGGCCGCCAGAACGGAGCGACACAAUAGGAGGCUCUGGUCCGCCAGCGUUGUGUAUCAGGAGAGCAACGAUUACGACACGAAGUACAGGGCGAAGACCAGGUCGGCCACUCCUAGUCCAGCGGCUAGCCCGAAAGUCAGGCAAAGGGCGAGCGCGCACGAUAUCCCGGCCCCACCCCCUAGAAAAAUGGAAUUACCCAAGUAUCAUCCUCCGGUAUACACGACUCCAGUGAGCCACAGGGGCAAGCCGAGGUACAACGGCUUGGUACACCACGGCAGCGACCCUGUCAUACCAAAAGACUGGGUCGAUUUGGAGGUAGAGGAGAAGAAGCCUCCAGCGCCUCCGAAGAGGCUUCCCACUCUCGAGGACAAGAGACGGCAGGCGAAUCUCGAGGAAGCUCUGAACGAACUCGAAGCGAUAUACAAGAAGUUGGAGGAUCUCCAAGAGCCGCAGGAAGACGUCGGUGAACCCCUGGUGACGGACGAUAUGGCGUACAGGAGGCUGAACCGAAGAGAACCGAGUUGUCAGGACGUCAGGGAUAUCAUGUCUCGGACGGGCAGCUACCUUUUGGUCUCACCCACGUUGUCGCCGCCCCCGCUGACGCCCCAGUUAUCUCAGACGCCGACAAACGAGCCCGACGUCACGUUCGACGACGUCGUCUACAGGAGCAUCAGCCACACAAACAACACCCUGAAAAUAGUAGACCCUCAGCCGCCCUUCGGGAUACCAUUAGGGCCGAUAUCCACCGCGCCGAACAGCGACUAUCUCCACGCCCAGCCUAACCGGGAAUACAGACCCCCCGACACUCCCGACCUGGUCAGAGACGAUUUGGCGUUUAGGAAUUUGAGAAAAGACAGCCAAGAGCUAAGAAAGAAAAAAGCUGUUCGCAGCUUCUCAGCCAACCUGAGUAACGUCAUUCUCAAAAACAACAACAAUUUCAACGCGGUAAACAACAACAUUGAAGGGAGGUCGCACAGUUAUUCCGACAUCCCCGAGGAGAUGAGGCUGGCACAGAGGGUCUUAGACAUGAGGAAAAGAAACAAAAGGCAAGCCAGGAUCGACAACGACGAACUCAGGAAACGGUUCUUUGAGGUCGAAUAUGCCCCAAGUGAAACAGACCUCCUCAAAGAGCUGGAAGACGAAGCGCGGGCCACCAGCUUGGAAUUAGAAGAACAACUGUCCAAAUCUAGAACGGACGCAUUAUAUUCUAGGAGCAUGGCGGAUCUGCUGAAAGAACUGACCAAAAAUCUAGAUUCUGAUUUUGGCUGCUCGACAUGCGACGACUACAACAAAGGUUCCAACAACAAUCAUUCUGAUUAUAAUGGUAGGCCCAAGUUUGUGAAAGCGUUUUCUGCCGCCGAUUGUUCGAUACUAAAAAACCCUCUGCUAGGCGUAUCGAACAAACCACCGAGUCCAAAUUUCAGGAGGUACAAGGAAGAGCCGGUUUUUAUGGACAAACCGAGAAAUUAUUACUUCCACGGGGGUUCGAAACCGAGGGAUAGGCCGUGGGAGAGCUACAAAGGGAAGAGCGCAUCCUAUCACGGCCAACACGGGUCGAGCCCUAGUUUCGACUCCCCUUCCGUCGGGGCCUACAUGCGGCAGACGCCUUCGCCCAAACACAGGGAUACGAGCCCGAGGAGAUCCCUGGAGCGGCUGAGUCCGAUGCCCAGGGUGGAAGACCCUCUCUGGGUGCAAGCGCCGAGGCCGUGGACUGGCUUCAACGGAGAAAGGAGCGGCCCCAAGCACUGGCAGACGGCAAAGAGCCUCGACGAAAGGUACAGAGAAAGACUGAGCCCCAGGCCGAGGUGGUCCUCCCUCAAAGACAAAGAUCCUUCCGAGGACAUGCCCUGGCAUUCUUCUCCACCCGGCAAGGAGUGUUUAUUUCAAGAAGAUCGUCUCAGCCCUGUUAAAAGUAGGUGGUCCUCGCUCAAAAACAGAGACGUUUCUGAGGAUAAGUCCUGGCACGCUUCCACACCUAAUAAAGAAUGCGAAAGGCUAAGUCCCGUCAAAACUAGGUGGUCUUCUGUCAAAGAGAAAGACAUCUCUGAAGGAAAGCAUUGGCUGUCUUCUUCUCCCGGCAAAGAGAGUUUCUUGUCCGAAGGCCAUCUCAGCCCGAUAAAACUCAGAUGGUCUUCUGUCAAAGAGAAAGAUAUUUCUGAAAAAAAGCCCUGGAACUCUUCCUCACCCGGUAAGGAUUGUGAAAGGCUAAGUCCGGCCAAACCGAGGUGGCCUCCUUUUAAAGAUCCUUCCGAAGCCUGGCACUCUCAGCCGGACGACGAGCUUUUACCCAUCGAAGAACGCCUCACCCCGAGCAAACAGAGAUGGCCCACGAAACAGGACGCUCGGGACGACAGCAGGUGGGAUGAAUUGAACGAGAUCUGCCAAAAGAUGCAGUCUGACCUGCCGUCAACCUCUUCAUCCCCUUUACCGAGGGCGGGCGAGACGAUCGAGCGGACGCCCACCCUCCUCACCUCGAGCCCAAUCGACCUCGCGGCAAUGGAAGCGGAAAGCGAAGACGAGAAGCAGCAAGGUAGCCUCGUUGUUUUUGCCUAUUGCAUGGCGUGUCUGCAUCAGCUCAUUGGUGUCGACCUCCUCACAGCAUUCGCCUUCAUCCUCGCUGUCCUAUCCCUCAUCCUCUUCAUCCUCCUCUAGCCUAUAAAAAACCGCCUUUAUCAUAUUUCCUUGUGUUUGUCCUUGCGUGCCUUUCUCACCCUUUACACAUUUUUCGCUUUACAGUAUAAAAAAAUGUCCUCGCUAGUUAUACAGUUUGUUUUGUACUCUAGUAUCAAAAAUAUACAUAUAUACUUUUUGUUUUUCAGU